AUGAAACGAACAUCUUGUUUUUGUAAUAUAUAUAUACACAGCUGCUUGUAAAUAAUUCUGGAUGGUGUUCGUGACAAAGAUGGAAGUGUAAUAGCACUGGCAAGUACAGGCAAAAUGAGUUUUACCAAUGAUACUAGAACUAUUCCUGCAGUGUCCAUUAACAUUCAUAGUUCCACCCCUUUUCAUGGAUUCAAACGCAUUGAACUUGCCAAAAGAUCAAGGCCCAAACGAAAGCUAAAAUUCAAUGGUCAGCAUUUCACUCUCACCCCAGUUAAAGAUUGUGAUGAGGAAAUGCAUUUUCUGAAAAUCAUCACAAAAAAUGAUCAGAAGAGAAUCCAUGUAUACCCAUCCAUAAAGUCCAAAAAAAAGUACAGGAAGAGGAAAGACAAAAAGAAACUAAGACAACAGUAUUCCAUCGAUCCUAUGAUACAGAUAGAUGAAGAUGAUGAUUAUGAAUCAGAGGAUGAAGAAAUGAAGGAAGAGAGAAAGAAAAGUAUCCAAGAAAAAAUUGCCAAUGGAAAAUUCUUGUUUACCAGAAAAGAAGAAAAAGAUAUACACGAGAGGGCAGAAGACUUUUGUAGGAGUGUAACUGCAGAUAUAUAUCAUUUUGUGAAGCCUGGAAACUCUGACUUAUAUUGUCCAGAACCUUGUUACGUAGUAAAUGUGGAUGGAUCUGUGAAGGAGUGCCCCCAGCCAACAAAACGGAAGAGGGGGACCUAUCUGAUGGACAGUUGUUAUAUUACAAAUCAUGAUUUUCAUGAUCCCUACGACAACACAAAAAUGCUGCCUACUGGUACCAGACUGUUGAGGCCAUCAAGAAAGUUAGUGGAAAUUGUGGCAAAAGUACUACAGGACAGUCCAGAUGGCCUACUACAAGUCCCCCAGAUCUAUGCUGCUCUACAGAACAAGUAUCCUUAUUACAGAUACAUGGACAAACCUAGCAUCAGCAGCUGGAGGUCCUCAAUUCGACAUGCUUUGUACCAGAAGUGGUUUAAGAAGGUCAAGUUUUCUGUGACACAGAUCAGAUGUAAAGGUUCCUAUUGGGCCCUUAACACUGACAUUGAUCCACCAACAUUGAAGCAACCUGACAAUGAAAGGUCCCCCCAGUCAACAAAGAACAACGAUUCAGCAACUGAAGAACAUAAUCCUGUUCCUAAAAGAAAAAGGAGAUCAAAAAAGAAGAAAAAUGAAGGGAUGUGUCGAUUGCAAUUCAAAUCCAAUGGAGAGCUGUUAGAAAUGAAAGAAGAUACAAAGGAGGCAUGGAAUCACAAUGUUACCAACAGUUUGCAGGCACUUCUAAAGGUAGCCAAACAGUAUGGACUUAAGAUAUCUCUUACUGCCACCCCUGUGGGAGGGGACAGUGAUGUGAGACAGAGUCCAGUAUAUCAAUGUGACCCAAUCCUCUCCAGCUGGCCUUCAGCUUGUCUAACUGCAACUGGUGGACCGAUAAAUUCUUUUUGUGAUAGUGACCUAAUGUAUGCAAACUAUUCACCUUCAGCAAUAGACAACCAAGACUUUGAAAAAGAGUUUGUUUCCAGCCCAUUACUACACAAUAUCAGCCCAUGCUUUUCCUCCAUUGAUUCAUGUUCUAAUGAAGCAAGCUCAUCCAGAUGUGACUACAAUGUGAUUCCAUCAUUUACUGGUAGUCCAUGCUCCAGUCUCCAACAUAUGCACUUAUCACAAAACAACUCAAUUCAUUCUCAGGAAAUGUUGGGCAACAUGAAAACCAUUUUCACAGAUUCAGAAACAUUGUAUGUUAAUAAAAAUGAGGAUACAAUGGACUCGUAUAUUGAUGAGCAUUUCUCAUUACAAGAAUUAGAAGACGAAGAAAACAGUGAAACUGAAGAGUUGUUUAGUGCAGUAAACUCUAUUUGUGAAAACACAGAUGAAUAUGAAAACAACAGACUGCUUGAAGGGGAUGAUAUUUUAGGGGAAAGUAACAUACUGCCGAACUUCUGCAAUAUCCCCCCAACCUCUCAGUAUGAUGACCAAAGGCUCUCCCCCUUUCCUAAUUCUGGAAAUGACUUUACACAAGACAGUUCCCUUGAUGAUUUUCUCAAUAGUGUGUUGAGAAUGGGAGGAAAUCUGGCAGACACCACAUUCAAUGAUGAAGAUCAGGUAGAGGAUGAUUCUCUUUUUGACCUCUCUUUGAUUAAUGAAGACUCCUUCUUCCAGCAUUGCCAGCUUUUUGAUGAGCUCGACAGUUAAAAUGCAGAAAAAAUGUUUGGGUAUAUUCUAGUUGCAUGAUGUUUAUUUUGUUGAUUUCAGUUUGUGUCAUUGUCUUGUUAUUAUAUACAUUUGUUGUACCUACGGGUAUUAUCUACCUUAUGUUCUUACAGUAUUAUUAUGCUAUGCUUUCAGUUCCGGCAAUCAUUAAUAUGAACAAAUUCCUCACCCACUAAAAUUGCAAAUUUGGUAAGUCGAGCAAGCAUGUGUAAAAUAUAAUAUAAUUGUUAAUGUAUGCAUGCAACUGUAGAAAGCAUGAAACAAUUUCUGCAUGUAAAAUUUCCUUAUGACAUUUAUAUUCUGAAAAUAUAUUAAAUAAACAUUUGAUAAAUAC